AUGCCCUCUAUUAAACCCUCUACCGCCAGGUCUAGAGUAAUAACCAUUCAUACUUCCCCGAUUUCUGAUAGAUUCUUCAGACGUACGAGUCCUAAGGCUUCUCCUCUAAUUGCCGCUGACCGGUUGCGCGACGCUCCGACUGAGCUGAAGGCUCUGGCCAGGCCUCUUCCUCAAGGGCAUUUUGAUCUGGCAAAGACACCGAUGAAACUGUAG